AUGUGUCAACCACCCGUCUGCAACUUCUGCAGGAAGUGAUGAGAAAGAAACCAUAUUGUGACAUUCAGCGCAGAGUCUGGGAACCCGCAGGGUGGGGACACAAGAUCUGGACGCCGGAGAGGAGCAGACAGGCUGCAGGUUCCUCCCUGUGGUCAACUUUCUCAAACCGGUGAUUAAAAAUUUUUGGAAAAAGAAAGAAGUGAUAGACGAGAGCACAUCGAAUAGACAAUUAUGGGGAGUUAUCAUCUGAUGGGCGUGCUGCUCCUUCUGUUUGUGGCAAGUUCAAGGUCCCAGGAGAACCCUAUUUACGACGAGGAUACCACCUCCCCUAUUGAAACAGAUCCUUUGCCAUCUACUGGUUCUCCAUUAGUCCUACAACAGGAGGUUGAAACUUCGGCUUCUCCCAAGGACACAUUUGUUCCUGUUCCUAUGCCAUCUACUGGUUCUCCAUUAGUCCUACAACAGGAGCUUGAAGCUUCGGCUCCUCCUGAGGUCACAUCUGUACCUGUUCCUUUGCCAUCUACUGGUCCUCCAUUAGUCCUAAAACAGGAAGUUGAAACUUCGGCUCCUCCUAAGGUCACAUCUGUACUUGUGGCAACAGAAAGGUUCACCUCCCAAGAAGAGUCCAAUGGAGUAGCUUCAACUACCAUCAUCACAAAAGAUUUCGAGGUUACAAAUGAAUCGUCAACUCCCGCCUCAGCGUUCAAUGAUCCAUCUACAACUUUGAAACGCGUAGACAUGGCUACCACAACAGCCAAAGAUGAAGAUGAUGGGUCAGAGAAUCUCACAGAUGACGAAGGCACCACCAGUCCAUCAACUACCCAAAAUGAAACACAAAGUAGAGAUGAUGAUGUCACUCAGAUGGAUACGAAAAAUGGUGAAGAAGAGGACUCCCCCACUACCAAACACCCUGGCCAAGAGACAAAUAAUGACAAGUUAAAUAAUAAAAAGAAAGGUGAAUUGGUCCUAGUGAUCUUAAUUGGAGUUGGUAUUGUUGUUUUAAUCUUGGUCCUGGCAACCAUGGUCUUCUUCUUGUUGCGGAAGAAGAAGAGAAGCGGCUCGUUUCGCACCCAAAGUAAAAAGAACUCCAAGCGAGACGUGUGGGCGGGCCAAGUGCCUGAACUGGCAGAAGGAAGGGCGGCUCAAGAUCUCGCCAUGGCGGAAAACGGAAGAGCUGGGACCGAACUGGAGACGGUCAAGGAGGAAGAAAUGAUCACCUUUGUCAGCGGGGAGAAGAAGACGGAUUCGGCGAUCGAGAUGAACGAACUGGGAGCUGGGGAAAAAGCUACAGCCAAUGGAGGGGAAAAGCUGGGCAAAGGGGACACCGCGGAGGAGAAGACGCCAUUACUGGAAGAGUCUCCAAAACCAGAUGAGCAGUUUCCAGUCCCUCCUAUGGAACAAGAACUGAUGGCAAACGGGGUUCAGUAAUGGCUUAGCCAUCGGGGGCCGAUAAUAACUAUUCUUCUUCUCGGACAAUGCUAGGGAUGAUCAAACCUGAUUGGACGGACCCGGAUUGGCUGUGUUCAGUCCCAACUGAAUUUCUGUAAAUAAGGAGAAGGUCUAAAAUUUAGGUUGGCCUUGGACUAACUGCAAUGUUAAAGUGUCAGCCCACCCAAGAUGAAAAGGUUUCAGUUAUAGGAGCAGAACUACAACCAAUCCCUGAUGAGGUCAAGCCACUUGAGUUCCCGGAUCUGCUCAUCUGCCAAUUACAGCAAGAGGGUGGAGCUCAGGACACUGGUCCCCAAAUGUCCCUUGCUUGAGGAUCCAAGAAAAAAAAAAAA